AUGAGUGGUGUCAAGCCAAUGAAAUUUGAUGAUGAACAACUUGCUGAAUUAAGGGAGAUAUUCCGAUCAUUUGAUCGGAACAAUGAUGGUAGUUUAACCGAACUUGAGCUUGGGUCGCUACUGAGAUCGCUAGGCCUGAAACCAAGUCAAGACCAACUUGACAGUUUAAUCCAGAAGGCUGAUAUGAACAGCAAUGGCCUUAUCGAAUUCUCUGAGUUUGUGGCCCUAGUAUCACCCGACCUGCUCUGUACAAAAUCUCCAUAUACUGAGGAGCAACUCCAAAAGUUAUUCCAAAUAUUCGACCGUGAUGGCAAUGGAUACAUUACAGCAGCAGAAUUGGCACACUCCAUGGCCAAGCUUGGUCAUGCUCUAACAGUAGAGGAGCUGACAGGAAUGAUCAAGGAAGCGGACACCGAUGGAGAUGGUCGAAUUAAUUUCCAAGAAUUUGCUCAGGCCAUUACCUCUGCAGCAUUUGACAACGCAUGGAAUUGA